AUUUUGACAUUUGGAAAAUAAAAACAAAUUGUGGACGCUUGAGUUUGAAUUUAAACAUAUUUUUUCUAAUUAAACAAAAAAACAAAUAAAAAGCUACAAAAAAACCUAUAAAAAUGCCUCGUGGAACACUAGGUGAAUCGGAUUCAGUGAUAGAAGAAGGACCGGUGCACAACUUUGAUUAUCGUACAAGAAGUUCCAUAACCAAUCCAUAUGAACAAGCCUCCACAAGUCGUGCAGCCACUAGCAGAACAACGGCCAGAAAAAGUAUUAAUAAUGCCGGCAACAGUAAUACUUUGAAAGGGGCUGCACGUCGAAAGAAAAGGACUCCUCGCCAAAGGGAAAUGCGUCUAUUAAAAUCUAUAAUGCAAUUUCAAAAGACUACAACCUUAUUAAUACCUCGUGCUCCUUUUGCACGUUUGGUGCGUGAAAUUAGUUUAAAUGUUAAUCCAGAUAUAGCACGUUAUACAAUAACCGCAUUGGAAGCUUUACAGGAGGCUACGGAAAUGUUUAUGGUACAAUUACUACAGGAUUCUUACCUCCUGACUAUGCAUCGAAAAUGUGUUACUUUAUCGACGGCCGAUAUGAUGUUGAUACGUGCUUUAAAAUUAAAUCUUUAAUUUAGAUUUUUUUAGACAAUAGUUCAUUCAUUGCUUGUUAGUCCAUCAACCUGUUCUGUAAUAUGUAUGAAAUUUUGAUCAUUCAAAAUAAUUUUACAUGGAAAUAGUUUACCAUUUUAUUUUUAACUUUAUUUUCUUAUAAAAAGUAUUCUAAUGGUAUUUUUUAUG